UGUGGUCGUCUUCAACCAUCAGAAAGCUAUUGCGGCGGAGAGAAAGGAAGAUCGGGGAUUUAUCUUUAGCUUACUGUGGAGACUCGAUACUGUGUUACUGUCUAAUUUAUGGAAGCGGUAGAGAAGCCAGAAGAAACCAUCCCAGGCAACUCUUCAAGAUUAGCUGGGAAUCCAAACUGGGGAACAGCAACCGUUGUUGGGAUAUUUGCUGGAAUGUUAUAUGGAGGGAGCAAAGAGGCUUCUGCUUCUGUGAGCAAGGAUGCAGAGGUGAUGUUGAAGAUGGGUAGUACACAGGACAAGCGAGAACAACACAGAUUGAUGCGAGAUGCUAUGGAGAAACGAUUCACCCGAGUCACUCGUGGCUCCCUCAUUGGAGGGAUGCGUCUCGGGAUGUUCACCGCUUCAUACUUCAGUCUACAGAACUUUUUAGCUGAGACGCGAGGAGUGCAUGAUGUUUUCAAUUUCGUGGGAGCUGGCUCAGCUACUGCUGCCCUAUUUGGCUUAAUCAUGCCGGGGUCUCUUGCUUGGCGAGCGCGUAAUGUGAUGCUUGGUUCAGUUCUUGGAGCUACGGUCUGCUUCCCUCUUGGUUGGUUACAAUUGAAGCUCAUGGAGAAAGCAAACGAAGGCAACAAAGAAGAGAUGAGCCACCAUGGCGAGGUCACUAGUGGUGUUGGUGCAGCUAUUGAGCGACUCGAACAACAGUUGCGAAAAUAAGAAAAGUGAAAGUUCAAAGUUUUUUUGUAUGCUAAAUUUUCAAGCCGAUGGAAAAUAAGAUAACGAAUAUAAAACACUCUUCUUUGUAAUUUCGUACAAUUUUGUGAGUAUACAAUAUCAAAACUGUGAUGGUCUUUUUAGCA